CAAAGUUCAACAUCCACCAGUCCCCUAGCCCACCAUCAAUUCACGAACCCCAAUUCUAUUCAACCAUAUCACAACGCAAAAAAGACAAGCAAGUCAACAUGUCGAGCUAUCAGGCCGCCAACUGGAGUCACCAACCUAGCACCUUUGAUGGGAUUGACCAUAGUUUCCAAUGGGAGUACAAUGUCGCCCAAUCACCCAAGAACAUGGUGAACCAAUACAAUGAUCUGCUUCAACGAGCGGCCGACUUCUACGCGACACUGGACAACUCAUUUGAGUCUGUUUCAUCUUCAGCGUCGGAUAGUUCCUAUCGAACGACACCAGAACGGAGGGUGUCAACCGCCGGGAGCAUUGUGGCCCAAGUGAAAGGAUCUAUUCCAGACAAGAUCGAGCGGAGACGCGAGCAGAACCGGUCAUCACAACGCGCUUAUCGAGAGCGCAAGGAACGUCACCAGAAAGAACUCGAAGAGCAAAUCUGCCAAUGGCAACAAAAGCACCAGCUGCUCACUCGAUCAUAUUCUCAACAGUCGGAGGAAGUUAAACGGCUCAAGGCACAAAUCGAUAAUCUCAACGGGGAGAUUGCUAACCUUCAGAGCGGGCUUCCCAAUCUGUGUGGGUCUUUGUGCCAGUCACCGCAAGAGUUUGAUCUAGUGCCCUUCUUCGGUGCUGACACUCUGAGCCCACAGAGCACUCCACGCCUGGGCCAGGCGGUACCAACUCGGAGAGGAUCUUGA